AUGUAUUCGACGGCCGACGAGCCAAACAGCAUAUGGACGAAAACCCUUCCGAGCCCCUCCAAGCUUGCAGAAAUAUCCUACGAUUCGGCGUACAUCGCCUCGGUUGGCUUUCACGACCGCCUCGUCAAGGUGUGGCGCCGUCUCACGUACGGCGCUGAAGACGUGCGCUUCGACUUGGCCUACCUGCGACACCCAGAUAUUGUGACAAGUAUCCGAUGGCGAAAACCUUAUCAUAUCGAACAAACUGUCCAAAAUGUGCUUUAUACUGCAUGUGUCGACAACAAGAUUCGCAUUUGGACGGGGUCCGACCCCCAUGCCCCCCAGCAACUGAAUCUGUGGGGGACCAUUGAUCUGGCUUCGGCAUUCCGGGAGCAGAGUCUCAGGACCGUGAGCCCCCCUACAACAUUUCUGGCCUUCAUCAUCGACGGCAGGGACAUAUCCGCUGCUACGGAGCUAGCUGUACAACGCAACCCGAUUCAGCACGGAGAACAAGAUAACGCUCUUGAGCACCUGAUUUCCCUUGCAAAUAAGAGCCCUGAGCUAUGUGUCGCCUUCAACGGUGCUGGGGAAACGGCUGUCUUUGUAUUAGAAGACGUAGGGUCUAAAUCCAGCAAGUCCACGGCCGCGAACUUAUCUCGAUUCAAGCCGCAAGACCUCGAAUUUAUGUGCAGCCAGCACGUUGUGGUACAAAGUUAUUGUGACCGGCGGACUGGGCGACUACGUAUCUUGUUUCACGACUUUGAGGGCCAAAUACAUGUUUACGAAUCUGACUUGGUGGACUUCCUCAGCCCGGCCGCCGACCAUAAUUGCCUUUCUCGGCAAUGUAUGUGGUCUGGGCACUCGGCUCCUAUCAAGAAGAUGGUCCGAAAUUUUAGCGGGCGAGCAGUGGUUUCCAGGACAGCGGAAGGCGAAAGCAUCGUCUGGACUCAUAACGGCAACACCAAAUCAGGAUUAUCGCGACAGAGUGUCAUUCCAGGUAGUGGACAUAUUCACCGCAUAUGUGUUCUCCGAAAAGGCCGCUUUGUCAUUUUUCUGGAGCAUAACACCAUAAAUCUCUGGGAUUGCCGGUUGCCAAAGGCCAUGUUGUUGGCACGUCAGUCCUAUGAGAUUGCUGGCAAGCCUCUGUGUUUGGUGAUACUGCCUAGGCAGCCACACGAGGAGUACGCAGUAGCCCAUAUUGCAACUGUCACCUCGGAACAGCAGGGUCUCGUUUGGAAGGUCAAUCUCCCGCAGUAUUCACGCCGAGGGUCCGAAACUUGUGUCAACGGGCGCGAUGAGGGUUCGAUACAGGAGUACUGCAGGUUUCAACUUGACAAUAUCGAAGGUCUUGCCUACGUCUUGCCUGUUGACCCGGCAGGCUCUGCACCUGUUACAUCCGGCUUUCUUGACGUCUUUGCUAAGGAUAUUGCUAUUUCCUACACGCAUUCUGGGCGGGUUGAUUUCUGGACAGCCCGUGUCGACUAUACAGAAGACAGGGUUGGAUGGCUUUCAACGUGUUCAGCCGAAACGGGACUUUCGGAGCCAGCGUUGGUGAGCGGCAGUACACUCAAGAAAGCGGCACUUGUCGAUUCAACCAGGUCCCAGCUAUCCAUUUGGGACAUCGGAGCUGCUCGACUCGAAUUCACACAAAACUACGGAACUAACAACAUAAUUCAGGACCUUGACUGGACAUCCACUCCAGACUCACAGUCAAUACUGGCGGUGGGCUUCCAGUCCAAGGUUGUUCUAUUAUGUCAGAUGCGUUUUGACUAUCUCAAUAAAGGACCGGCGUGGGCUGCUGUGCGAGAGAUCAGCAUUCGAGAGCUCACUCCCCAUCCCAUAGGCGAUUCGACCUGGCUUGGUGAUGGGCAUCUUGUUAUCGGUUCUGGCAACCAGAUGUUUGUUCACGGAAGAGAAUAUGAUCUUUCUGGCUCGUUGGUAAAGAGCUUACAACUUCCCCAUAGAAAGAAUGGCGUAUGGGAUUUAUUUGAAGCUGUUCAACGAUUUAAUGGUCCACUGCCAAUCUUCCACCCACAGUUUCUGAGUCAGAGCAUUCUUGCAGGAAAGAGUAUAGCGGUGCGAAAAGUGCUUAUGUCUUUGUACAAGACACUCAAGUUUCACGUCGCAGAUGAACCCAUCGACGACUACCUUGGACUCGAUCCAUCUGAGUUUUACCAGGACGAGGUACCAACCUUCCUUUAG